AUGGUGCGUCAGCUGCACGACGGUAUGAUGGCGCGAGUCACGGACAACGGAGCUGUCUCAGAGGCAUUCGCAGUGACCAAUGGAGUGAAGCAGGGCUGCGUACUGGCGCCUACCCUCUUCAGUCUUAUGCUCUCUGCCAUGCUGAUGGACGCCUACCGCGACGAACGCCCCGGGAUCCGAAUCGCCUACAGGACGGACGGUCACCUCCUGAAUCCACGGCGAAUGCACUUCCAAUCGCGCGUAUCCACAACCACCGUUCACGAACUCCUCUUCGCCGAUGACUGCGCCCUGAACACCACCUCGGAAGAGGAGAUGCAACGGAGCAUGGACCUGUUCUCCGCCGCCUGCGAGAACUUCGGUCUGGUCAUUAACACGCAGAAGACGGUGGUGAUGCACCAACCGCCACCCAACUCAGCCGCAGCCCCCAACGCGCCGCCGCAAAUCAGCGUAAACGGAACCCAACUGCAAGUGGUGGAGAACUUCCCGUACCUGGACAGUACUCUCUCCGCAACACCAAGAUCGACGACGAAGUCGCCAACAGGAUCUCGAAAGCCAGUCAAGCCUUCGGUCGUCUUGAAAACACAGUUUGGAAUCGCCACGGUCUUCAGCUUUGCACCAAGCUGA